CAAGAAAGUGGGGGUGGUAUCUUUCCCUAGAUUUUCUUAUUCUCCGUCUCUCUCCUAAGCUGAGCAGCUAGCUUCUUCUUUCUCCCUCCCCAUCGCCAUCGCCAUCUCCAAUCCAUUAUUGGUCUUUGCCCUGCUCCUCCUCCUCCUUCCUUCCUUGUUCUUCCUUUCUUGGUUUCAUUCAGGGCAGCGAGGAAGGGGGAAGAAUUUGAUUGGGAGAAGUUGUUUGGGCAAGUUGGUGUAGUUGUUUGCGUCGCGUGUGGAGAGGAGGAGGAGAUGGACCCCAAGUUCCCCCCACCCCCACCGCUAAACAAAACGGAGCCCACCACCGCGGCGACCACCACCACCACCACCUCCACCACCUCGGAGCAGCAGCAGCAGCAGCUGGAUCGCGAGCAGUACCACCAACCGCAGCAAGAGCAGCAGCAGCACCUGCAAAUCCAGGUCCAUCAGCCGCCGCCGCCGCCGCAGGACGAUGGAGGCGGAGGUAAGGAGCUGCAGGUGGCGGCGGCUGCCGCAGGGGACCGGAGGGUGCUGGGGCCCAAGCGGAGCUCCAACAAGGACCGCCACACCAAGGUGGACGGCCGGGGGCGGCGGAUCCGGAUGCCGGCGCUCUGCGCGGCGCGGAUCUUCCAGCUCACGCGCGAGCUCGGCCACAAGUCCGACGGCGAGACCGUCCAGUGGCUGCUGCAGCAGGCGGAGCCGGCCAUCGUCGCCGCCACGGGGACCGGCACCAUACCGGCCUCCGCGCUCUCCUCCGUCGCGCCCUCGCUCCCGUCGCCCACCUCCGCGCUCGCGGGCCGGCCCCACCACCAUCACCACAUGUGGGCCCCGCCGCCGGGGUCCGCGGGCUUCUCGCACGCCGGCUUCAUGAACUCGUCCGGCCCCGGCGCCGACGGCGGGGUCAUCGGCGGGAUCAUGCAGCGGAUGGGGCUCCCCGCCGGGAUCGAGCUGCCGGGCGGCGCCGCGGGCGGCAUGGGCGGCCACAUCGGCUUCGCGCCCAUGUUCGCCAGCCACGCCGCGGCCAUGCCGGGGCUCGAGCUCGGCCUGUCGCAGGAAGGCCACAUCGGCGUGCUCGCCGCGCAGUCGCUCGGCCAGUAUUACCACGUAGGCGGCGCAGGUGCCAGCGGCCACCUGCAGCACUCUCACCAGCAUCACCAACACCAACAGCACCAGCAGCCGCAACCGCCGGAGGACGGGGAGGAGGAACGCGAGGAUGGCGACUCCGACGAGGAGUCCGGGCAGUAGUAUGAUUCAUGUUCACCUAUCACUGCGUCUGUUUGUGUUUCUGGAAGAGGAGAAACGAAUCAAGGAGAGAAAAGUGUGUGCACGCAGCUAUGGCGAUGAUUUGCUUACUGUUAGGUUAUUGUUCAGUGAUGACUUUUUUAUGUCAAUUUUUUCUCUUGUGGUGUCGAAACUCAAAAGAGGCUUCUUGCUCUGGGGUCUUGGUGGAACGGAUCAGGAUCAUCCCCAGUUCCUACUCCCACUGCUCUGUCGAUGAUUUCGAGAAUUCCCUACGAUUCAGGUGUGUAAUAUAGCAGAGAGCUGGAUGAUUUCGACCGUCCACCCUUGAGUGAGUACCUUAUUUGUUAUUGCAAGGUGUGUAGAUAUUCAUGUAAUUUUGCAGCUAGGGAGAUGUCCUCUUAUAGUCUUAUGGAAGGAAUGAUGUGCUUUUGAGCAAUCAAGAUGAUAGACGGCAAUUUCAUCCUCCCUUCACGGGCUAUUUCUGCAACGAAAUUAUGAUACAUAUGCACUUCCGACAUCCCUGAUUCUAUAUGCUUGUUUUCUUAGACGAUCAUUUAUAUAACAUCUGCUUAUUUGCUUCUUC